GCUAAAGUGCCGCACCAACAUAAAGUAUUGUGUAGGGCCGGGUCGCACACAACGGUGCAAAGUUCCGGUUCAAAGUUAGCCUCGCCGUACGUUUUAACUCUUCUAACACUUUUUGGGCCACAAAGGUAUCUGAAAUCGCGGUGAUAUUGUGCAGCUACUUCGGUUUCUUUUCAUCAUAAAGUUAAACCAUCUCCCCAGAGACCCACAAAAAUAAGACGUGGAGACGACUCAGUAAACCAGCAGCAGACGAACGGUGUAGAUAAAAGGAGUGUCGUGCCCUCAAAAAGUUUAGAAUGGAUGGAAUAAAUCUUCCAAAGCUGUCACUUGUUUUCAUAUGCUGUUUGGUUGCCUUUACAGCGGCGUCAGGAAUUGACGACGAACAACCAGACGAUCGCUUGCCUCCUCUCUUGGCCCGCCUCAUGCCUCGUGAUGCCGACUCCAUGCAACAGAUCGAAGCAACAACCGACAAUCAGAUACCAACCCCAGCAGUAACCCAGCCUCCGUACAUAGUGCAAAGCCUGACAGAAGCCAUCACCUUAGCGGUCAUCAGCGGCAUCUGCGGGCCGUCUCUCUUCGCGCUCAUCGGCUGCGGGAUUCGUCAGAUCCGCACGACCUGGGACGACCCGUUCGCCGGCGGGGAGAGACCCGUGGACGAAGCCGCCGAGCGCCGCAAGCGCAAGAAGCAACAGCAGCAGCAGGAACAGCUAGGGGACGACGAUGAAGCCGAGCACGCCAACAACAACUACCGGCCUGCCAAGACCGUGACCAACAACGUGGACCCCCUGCUCCUGGACCGCAUAACCACUCUGGACCUGGACAACAUCCGCGCCAAGCCACUGCCCACCGCAAAGUACAGCAACACCGAGAAGAACCUGGCCGGUAGGGUGAACGUAGGAUACAGCAAAACGGCAGAGGAUAUCCUGUGAAUGGAACCUUAACGACCCAAGCUUGGCAACUCAUCCGGACUGUGAUAAUCAACUAUUUUGGCCCUUAGGUGUUUAAAAACAGGCUGUCACUGGCAAUCUUUAGGUACUUAAUACAAGGUUUAUAAAAAGGCAAUAAAAAAAUAAUGGGUUAAUAUGUUAAACCUAUAUGAACUUGAACACUGUCAAAGGGCUCCAUCUCAAAGGGUAUUUCGUAAGUUUUUCAUUGAUACCUUAUUUCCAUCUCAAUUGUCUGCAGUCACAAAUAACUGAACACCAUCGAUUUCAAAUAACAGGGGAAAAAAUACACUUUUCCCCCAGGUUUGCUGAAAAAAAUGGUGAAUUACUCUCUAAAUUCCAAAGAGUGAAA